AUGGAUUCGGGGCAGUUUAGUCGAGGUGUAGCGCUAGCUCGCGGCGCUGAUGCAUUGGGACCCGAUGCGUUGCUGUUUUUUAUUGAUGUGGAUAUGCUUUUCACUUGUGAUACUUUCGACCGGGUGAUACGCAAUACAAUACGUGGUGCUCAGGUGUAUUUUCCAAUAGUCUUCAGUGAAUAUUCACCGGAAACGUGGUCUGAUAGCGACCGAUUACUUUCCGAUGCAUUCCACUACGGUCGCAAACGUGGCUAUUUCCGGCAUUUCGGAUAUGGACUGGUAUCCAUAUACAAAUCCGAUCUAGAACUGGUUGGCGGCAUGAACUUGAAUAUCCAGGGCUGGGGUAUGGAAGACGUGGAUUUAUUUGAGAAAUGUGUACGCUCACCGUUACGAAUAAUGCGUGCCCCAGAUCCGGGUCUUGUACACAUUUACCAUACAAUCCGUUGCGACGAGUCGAUGCCGGAAGCGCAGUAUGCGAUGUGUGUUGGUUCCAAGGCUGCCAGCUUGGCAUCAUUGGAUUCUUUAGUUGACCAAUUGUCUGUAUAUUCAUGA